GCACGAGGCGUGCGUCGCGGCCUCUGUCGUCCGUCGGCAGUUGUGCUGUACGAUGAACGUGCCACUGUGCGGAAAACCUGAACCCACCUGGCCGCGCAAAGACGUCAAUAACGAUCAUGACAACGCGGAAGCAGCGGAUAGCGCGCCUUACUGUAGUCCACUUCGCACUGGACGAAAAUUGUAAGAAGAAGGAAAAUCAUAUUAAUACGUUCUGUAUGCGUCUGAUGGCUGAACUGCGGCAUUGACGUAUUUUGUUAUUGCUUAGACAAUACUAGUGGGUGAAGUGCAACUAGUUAGUGAUAAAGGGUUUUGAGGUAAAGGCGCUACGCGCUUGCUGUAUGCACAAUAGAACUUGUGGUCUCUAGUGAGCGCAGAUGUAUCUAUACGUCUGUUUGUAUGAAAAUGUGUGACGAAGAAGUUGCAAACCCCAUAGAAGGAUUACGCACCGUCGAGAAAAUAGACAUUGCUUGGUGCUUACUUGUUGAGACAAUUACAUGCAUUAUGAAAAUUUUAAUAACUUUCACAUUUUGAAUGUGAAAAAAUGUGUUCGAUUGUCCGUAAUAACGGCCCAACCGCUGUGAAGUCGCCCGUGGAAGAGAUGCUACGCUAUAUCGAUUCUCUCCCGGAUGAUCCGCCAAAAGCGAAAGUAGAAAUUCGCACACGAAAGUUUUGGGCGGCAGUUUGGUCGGAAUUUCUAGCUACACUUCUAUUAAUUGUUGUGACCAGCCCAUCAACAGGUGAAGUGGAUGUUCGACAAAGUUUGGCAGUCGGGGCAAGCGCUGCCCUGCUCACUUACACGCUUCAAGGAGCAGCUUUUAAUCCAGCUGUCAGCAUCCCGCGAUGCCUGGUCGGUCGUUCAUCACUUCUUAAAUUGUUUGCUAGCGUCCUGGCACAGGCGUUUGGCGCCGUAUUAGGUAGCUUGUUAGUCUUCGCUCUUCAAAGCGAAGGAAAUCAGCCCUUAAUAGAAACGAAACUACAUCUUAGCCAGGUAUUUGCUGUUGAGUUCCUUGGAUCAUUUGUAGUGGUCCUCACCGUUCUCACCUCUGAUGACGAUGUUGAGAGUGGUUUAAUGAAGUUCCAAGCGUUUCCGGUCGGACUUGCGUACGGGGCCGCUACACUUUUUUCGUUUUCGCACACUGGCGUGGGAUUGAACCCUGUAAGAGCUUUAGGGCAGGUUUUAGUAGCGAGAAACUGGACCAAUCAUUGGGUGUACUGGAUUGGGCCUUUGCUUGGUGGACUCAUCGGAGGUUUUACGUAUGAUUACGCCCGGUCUUCUAGAAAGGACGUACAGGAACAAGCCGAAAGGACGUCGCGCCAGCGAGAGUUGGACCGCGAGAGAGGACUUCGACGAGGUCUGAGUGCCCUCUCGCAGGAUACAGAAAUGACGAACUCCUUAAAUACCAAUGAUUGCCGAGUUUAAGGAGAGAGUUAGGGGAAUAUAUAAUGUUAUCCGUUAUAAAUGCCGUGUUAUCGUAGCCAUCUUAAAUUAUUGAUACACAUUGACUACCGAUUUCGUCUGGCCAUUUUGUGGAGCUUUUUAAAAUGUGCUAUAUCCAAGAAGACGUUAUCUAGACGUUAUCUAUCUAAGGUUCUUGCCCAAUUCUGUUAUGCUAGCCAACUUAUACAGUAUUUCGGCACUGUUUAAUAUAAUGAUCGAGGAAAGCAACUACAGGUAUGAAUCAAGACACGUAUUGUCAAGGGAAAAUAGGUUCUAGAUUAUCAAAUGGAAAGCCGAGUUUUCUAGUAUAUGUGAAAUAUACAUGUAGGGAAGAAAAGAAGACGCAGAAAGAAGAUAUCUUGUAUUUUAAGCUGACAUACUUACUUUCAAGUACAUAAUUUUAAGUAAAUGAAGCUAUCGGCACAAGCACUUGUUGAAUUUAUUAGCUGACUCAUCGAAACGAUUUUCGGCACCCAUUAAACGAAAGAUAUAAAGAGAACUGUUGAUCCUUGUAGAGAAAGCAGUCUCCAGCGUACUUCUAACGCUGUGGCUACACACAUGGGGUCCUUCCGUACUACUACCAUUAAUGGUUGUAUGAGUAUAACUGCUCGAAUCUGUUAUUUAUUAUUGUCAUUACUAAUGCUAUUAUCGCUCCGUUGUACACAAAAUGACCAAAGAAGAAUACGGUUUUACAAACAGACGUAUACUUUAACGGAGAAGAACCUGAUCGCAUGACGUAUUGAUACCGGAGAAUGCUCGAUAUUUUUCCUUUCAUUAAGCUUCAAGGCUUCAACUGCAUCUGAACUCAUUUACCAUAGUCAUUUCUAUUCUAUAUCGAUAUAUAUACUAUAUAAGUAUAUAGAAAUGACUGUGCUGACCUUCAGCAUACAAAAGAGCAUUAUAAGAAGUUGCAUCUGGUGAAGUACUGCAAUAUUCCAACUUUUACUAAAUGUAUACAUAUAUGUCAGGA